AUGAACACCGUCCCUCCAGCGUUGAUAAAUCCGCUUCAUUACGUCCCGCGUUGUUAUUACCACGUUACUGUUACCGUCACGGUGCACAAUAUCAGCGUUAUCCGGACACUUUAUUCCCGACGCGUAGAGCUGACUUCUCGCAUCUUGACGAUCGCGAGAGAGCGAAGAAUAGAAAAAGAGAGAGGCAAUGAGAGAAAGAGGAGAACUUGGUCGCGGGUGCUAAGCGGAGGAGGCUCGACGGGUCAAGUGAUCCGCGAGGCUGAGGCAGCAUGUUCAAAUUCAACCGUCGUCAUUCGGCGCCGCGCCUACAGAUAUAAUUUCUGCUACCUGCUAUUUAGGUGUGAGAAGUACCUAAAGGUGCCACAAGUGAUUAAUCCCUCCCGGCAAAUUCUGUGUUCCAUCGAUAACGAAGCCUUUCGUCUCUUGGAAAGUACGGGAGCUCGUGCCGAGCGUUCCCGCGGAGUGACGGAGAGAUGGCAAGACAACAGUAACGCCGCAAAACGGCGGCUUCACCUAAUCCCAGACCAGCACCUUCGUUCGCAAGCUUCAUCCCAUCACCACCAUCACUACCACCACUACCACCAUCAUCAUCAUCAUCAUCAUCACGGAAUCCUCAAUCGUCACCAUUCUCAUAAUCUGCAGCACCAGCAACGUCAGCAUAGAUCACAACCCCAGCACUCUCGUUGGCCCGUCAACAUUUCGUUGACACUGGUUCAUCGACCUAACGAAGGCAGUACUGUUGAAUCAAGAUUUAGCAGCAAGCUAGUCAGCCGCGACAGGACGCACAAUCGUCACCAGGGCAAGCCGUCUUGGUGUCGACGAUGCGACGAAUCGACUACGGAGCGGAGAAACUGGCGUUCGAGUAACACUGGACUCCAGCCUCCAUCUUCGUAUUCCAAGUACCGAACGCGCGGAGCAACUUUAAUCAAAAAGCUCGACGACCCGCCACUUUCCUCUGAUAAAUCCGCUCCAUCUUCGGCUAAAAAGCUGAAGAAGUUGCGACAUCGGAACGGACCUUGUUUGGACCUUGAUCAUCACUAUCACUCCGACACGGUACUCGACGACACGAUGUCACCGGUAGGAGCCAGUUUCUCAACAUCCAUGAAAAUGAGUUUUUCGUUAUCUUCGCUGCAGCCUUCUAGCGGUAGUCUAGAAAGUCCUGAGCACGUGAGGAUACGAACUGACCGUCUUUAUAACAGCCUUACCAAAAAAAGGAAGGAUCCCGAGCAGGAACAGUGGCGUCGUUCUUGGGGAAGCCGAGAUGAGAACAAGGAUGAUUUCUGGGCAGCUAUACAGUCAAACUAUAAUUACAUAAUGGAUACGAAUCUUAUCGACAGUUGCAAGGAAGCAAACGGAGAACUUGCUUGGGACGAGGGUGAUGUGUCGACUCUUUCAUGGGGUCUGAAGGAGCUAAGUGGACAAUUCUCGGAAUUGUAUGCGUGGCUUGGAGCUAUUCAGGAGUUGGUUUAUUCCAAGGAGGAGAACGUUCUGGAUAAAAGUCUUCGCGCGGCUCACACCGAGGAGCUGCGACGCAAGGCGUACAGAAGAAGAUUGUUCAACGAACAAGCGGGAAAACUGGUAGCCAGAGCUCCAACAUUGAGGGAUGAAGUUGCCUGGCGUGUUGAUCACCUCAACACCAAAUGGGAACUGGUUGAGCAGAUCAUGGCACCAGGAGAACAAUCUAUUUCUGAUGAACAGGAUGUUUCUGCAGACUUGGAGCACGAGGUCAAGUGCCUGAGGAAGUGGCUUCGUGAGAUUGAAUCUCGACUGCAGCCUCUGAGCUUCCGUGUAGACUGGAGCAGAGCCGAACUGGAGGAGAAAGCGAUGGAGCACAUGGUUUUGCAACGGGACAUCGAAGCCCAUGGACGAAUUGUUAAUUCGGUGGUAAAGUUGAGUGAGCGAGUCGCCCUGAGCGCCCAACAAAAUCAACAGGAUCAACAGCAACAGCAACAACAAUCAGGCCAGGCACUACGUGUGGCAAACUCUCUCGAACGUCGCUGGCACCUCUUGUUCCUUCGUGCCUUGGAGUGGCAGUGCCACAUCGAGGCUCUCGCGGCACGCAUAUGCAACAAGAGUCCCGUGUCUUGUCGCUGCAGCAGUGAUAGCGACGAGGAGCCGGUCACGAAACAACCGCGCCUGAGUCGUCGGCAAUCACGUGAGUCGCGAAGCUCCUCGAGAAGAUCAUCGCGGUCAACUUUUCUACGGAAGAGCAGAUUGUCAGGUGGGGACGUAUCUGACAGCGACGCGCUUUCCGAUAACAAGCUAACCGACGAUGGGUCAUACUUCGAGGAUGAGCUGUAUCAGCUCUGUGUAAUGGACACGAGGCCGACGGUCGAUUAUCCUGAAGAUUUGGAUAUCAUUCGCGGGCGUGCUGUUUCGGUGGAAUUAGGAGACCGCGGCGACGAAGGUGACAUCGAGGAAAGUGGUGCCAGUGAAGAAGAACGAGACGAUAUGCCUCCGACUCCCGUUGUCGCUCCCACGUCGGUGAAUCCGAUUCGCGAUCUGUGCGAUGAGGUGGAUGGCGCCAGACGCAUCGUCAACGGUGUCAACGUCUCAUCUUCGCAGAUUCCAAUGAGCAUGGAAGAUGAUAGCCCAAGACGUCGCCGAGCCAUGGCCGAGUCGGCAUUUUUCAAUACGUCCGAUAGGAAAUCGAAGAACUGCGCUACCUUCUACUUCAAGCACUUGGACACCGACUCGGAGGCCGACUGCCGUGCCGCUGACAACCAGUCACCGGUGGCUGAUGAUUCUUCGGAGGAGGAGUGGACCUACACGCCUCAGCCGCGGUCAACGGAGCAACAUCUCACCUCGGAGCAAAGGAAGACCAACGUCGUUGUUCGUCUGGAUUUCGGAGAGGAGGCCCGUGUGGAGGAGAGAACUAUGAUUCGCGCUAUGUCGAACGAUGUGAACGGGAACGCGACGUUCUGCAACGGAGAUCAGGCCCACUUUGAAGAAGACGACGAACUGGGAAAGGACAGCGAGGACGAUAUGAUAAACAACAAAGAGUGCAUCAGAAGACUGGUCAGCCAGGCUGAGGACCUCGUCAGAGAGGAUAUGUCGCCUGACGGAAAGCCGGGCAAAGGUACGAGGAUCUUUCCUCCGCUGAUGUUCAAUCAGCAAGGACUGAACAUGGCUAGCACUCGCGCCAAGUAUGCCCGCAUCAAGGAGUGGCUCAAGCUCAACGUCAUUCUGCCGAACGAGGAAAAGUCCAUGUGUCAGGCGCUGGACAGCUGCGAUGCUAGUGGCGAAUGCACGACGGGAGAAUCGGACGUUGACAAGCAAUCGCAAUCAUCGGAGGAUCUGCAGAGCAGCGUGGCAACCUAUCGCCAAUUUGUUGGCAGUCUGGAUUGCGUAUCGCACUCCGUUUCGCAGGAGGUUGUAACCGACUAUGACAAAACUCCUGUCAACGAUAAGCAACACUUGCUAACGGACUCGAGCACGCCGAAGGUUGUCAUGCGUACAAAAAGAAAAUCCAAUGGCCCGCGACCCUGGAGUGUUUCUUGCAUAUCCCAGAUUGGUAAUGGCGGAAAGCUCGAGGGGAGCAAGGAUCAGAUCUCACAAUUUUCUAUCUCUGAAUCAGCUCUGCAUCAGCUUGUCGCGUCGCCGCCGAUGAAAUCUGUUUCUUUGGAUGCUAGUGGUUCGAGCGCUGCGUUUAAUAAUUCGUCAUCAACGCUGCUGGAAGAAACGAUGAUUGGUUUAGACGGAAGUGCGACCAAGAAUAGUUCCUUACGUAGGAAAAAGAUCAAGCUGCGCAAAAAGCAUUUGGGUCGCAAAAGUGAAUCCGGUUCGGACAGCGUGAACGUGAACCAUCAUUCAGCGGGAAGUGAUGGAUGUUCAAACCAGCAGCGUUCUUCACGUAAAACUAGCGCGAUUCGUGGAGCUCGUGUUGUUGCGCGUGAUGGCUAUGGCCGCGCAACAACUCUCGUCAAGUCUGGUUCGUUUUCGGGUUCAACAGCUCGUCAGCAAUUGUCAUUAGAAAGAAGUACGGUCAGCGAUCCGGCCCCACCAGGUGGAUCCAGUUAUCACAGGAGAGACGAGUCGACUUCGGAGACUGAGGACGAACCUUGCCCGGCCGCCAGGUUACCGAUUUCUGCAUUCAAGGGUAACCUCAUAGACACUGUACUCUUCAGUACCGAUUUGAGUAUUCCGCAAAUAAACGUCGACAGCGAUGUAGAAAAGAACAGCUUCAGCAACAACUCGUUCUCGGAACAGGCUUGGGAUAACUAUCAGGAAAAGUACAUGAGCGAGCCUUACAGCGAGGCGCCUGACUCCGAAGCAGCCCGUCGUCUUCUCGAAUUCGGCGAUGACUACAGAAACUUUCUUGACAGUCAAUCCGAUUGCGCUUCGAGCUUAAGUGCACGUAGAGAAGUCUCACCGCCAUUGCCGAGGAAACGCAAGCAGCAUGGACUCGGAGUAACGACUGAGGAUAGCGACAGCGACAUAGAGGAUCUUCGUAGUCUGGUUGAAAAAUCACAGUCACAGCUUGUUCUUUCUGAAGGGUUACUGUCGCGACCAGCACGAGCCCUUUUGCUCGACGACGACUGCGCUGAAGUAGAGUCAACCUGCAAGGAAAAUGUCAGGUGUUUACGCGCAGUUCUGGAGGCGGCGGGAGGGGCGUUGAGAGGGGAAAGGAACACGAAGCAGAUUCGCAGCCUGAUAGAACGCUGGGAGUCGCUGUCAACCCGCGCUGAGGAAGCGCGAAGAGCUGCUGCCCUUCAUCGGGACAUGGCAGCUAUGCGAGUAGAGCUCCGAGCUGCCCACGACAGACUUCUUUCCUACGAGGUUGUUCUCGAUCAGCAUCAUCUCCUCGACGAGCGUAUCAACCAGGUUACUGGUGAACUGGCCACGCUAAGGGAGCGCAAGACGGCACUUCUGGCACUGAACGUCACGGCGCACCGCCUGGUUACGGACGCCGGAGUUUCGGGCUCCCCUGCAUUAACGGCCCUCAAGGACGAGGUAGCUGACCUUUACCGAGUUUGGGACGAGACGUUUCAAAAGGGAAACCAGCAGCUGAGCGCGUUGCAGUCGAUCCAACAGUUUGCCGCACGUCUUACCGAGUUGCAGAGUGCUCUCCGUAAGGACAAGGACACGCUGGCCGUUCUCGACGCUGCACUCCAGGCCGGGGCUGCUUCCGAGGUCGCCUCCUCUGUACGUGACGUUGCGAGACUCCUCUCCGAGAAACAGGACAUUUGCUGCCAGAACGGCGGAUCAGCUAUAAAGGACGCCACGAUAACCGAGGCGAGCGAGGACGGAGCGACCGCUGCAGCUAUGGUAAUAGCAAACGGAGGUUUGCAGGAAGGAGGAUCCUUGUCGGACAGCGGAAUAUCGGACAGCGGAAGCGAGCAGGAACUCAGCGAACGGGAGCGUCGGCUCGCCGCCCUUCGUCGUCUGGCACGUACCCUCGAAGCUCAGCUAGCACCGGGGAGCGAAGCGCUCGUUGAACUCGCCAAGAGGGUCGAAAGCGCCGAAGCCGAGCUUCGCGGACUCCAGAAACAGUGCAGAGAACUCAUCGUUCGCACCGCCGCCAGCGUCGAAGCUCGGGCUGCCAAUCGGUCACGCAAUCUGGCUUCGAAUUCUAACAGCAAACGCAAGAAAAAUUCCAAGAUGGACGAGGACGCUGGGGUCCCCGCAGAGUUGUCUCCAAUUUCAAUAAGCGGAAGCGGAGGACUCGUUGGUGCCGGCGAUCCGGAUAGCGAGCCUGGACGUCCCCACGGAUGGGUUUGGCGCGUCCUGAGGGCAGCGCUUCCCUUCCAGUUGGCCCUGGUCGCCCUUUUCUGCGCUGCCUGCCUGCUCGAACCGCAUUGCUGCGAAGCUGCGAACACCUUGAAUCUCUCUCUGACUCCGCAGCUUCGCUACGUCCGAGGACCGCCUCCGGUUUGAGCUUGAUUACGAAUCGUCUUCAUAGCUGUUUUAUGUGCUGUUAAGAGCACGAAACACCACUUGUCAGUUCCUUGGCGAUGUGAAAGAAAAUUUUGGACGCCGUGCUUCCGUGAAUUUGGAAAAAUGUUUUGCAGUGACUGCCGAAAUGACAAGU